UCCCCCGCUUCACAAUUUCAAGCCUGCAUACAAAAUUAACCACGCACUCCCACUGGAAUGAGGAAGUCAGAGAGAAAGUGAGACAGACGACACGAAUAACAGCAGGUUGUUAAAAAUAGUUUGUUAUCAUGGCAGGAUUGUCAGAAUAUUGUUUAAAUACAUUUGUGAGUAAAUACCCAAAGAAGAUUUCUAAAACUAUUCAGUAUGGGACUGCAGGCUUCAGAACUACUGCAGAAGACCUGAGCCAUGUGAUGUUCCGUAUGGGGCUCCUGGCAACACUGCGGUCACGUGUGACCUCGGCAGCUAUCGGCGUGAUGAUCACGGCCUCACACAACCCCGAGCCAGACAACGGGGUGAAGCUGGUGGACCCCCACGGGGAGAUGCUGGACCCCGACUGGGAGCUGGUGGCCACGGAGCUGGCCAACGUUCCGGAUGAUCAGGUCGAGAACAGUGUCAAGAACAUCAUUGAUCGGUUCCAAAUCGACAUGGAUAAAAGUGCUUCGGUAUUUAUUGGAAGAGAUACGAGGCCCAGUAGUAAGAGUCUGUCGGAGGCGGUGACCGCAGGGGUGGAGGUACUCCAAGGGGUGGCCAAUGACUACGGUGUUGUGACGACUCCCAUGCUGCACUACUUUGUGACGUGUCAUAACACUGAUGGAGCGUACGGUCGGCCCACUCAGGAGGGGUACUGUGACAAGCUGUCUAUCGCAUUCAAGGCUCUAAGGGGAGAGACAAAUAUGAACGGCCACUACAAGCCAGAACUGGAGUUUGACGGAGCGAAUGGAGUCGGGGCACUCAAAAUGAGCGAAUUACUGAGGUACUUGGGAGACUGUCUACAGGUCAACAUCCACAACGCUGACACGACCACCAGGGGCAAGCUCAACUAUCAGUGUGGAGCGGAUCACGUAAAGAGCAAGCAGGUACCUCCAUCAGGUGUGCCACUACGUCGCUACGCCCGCUGUGCUUCAGUGGAUGGAGACGCUGACAGACUGGUAUACUAUUUCGUGGACGACAACAGCGCUUUUCAUCUCCUUGACGGGGAUAGGAUCGCAACAUUAGUGGCGGGAUACCUAAAAAAACUGAUGGAAGAGUCCGGAUUGGAACUGAAGAUGGGAUUAGUUCAGACUGCCUACGCUAAUGGCAGCUCCACAAAGUAUAUCUCAGAGUCUCUGAACGUGCCUGUAGCCUGUGUGCCCACAGGAGUAAAAAAUCUCCACAAGAAGGCUCUGGAAUUUGACAUUGGAGUGUAUUUUGAAGCAAAUGGUCACGGCACAGUUGUGUUCAGCUCCGACGCCAAGAGACAGAUCAAGAAUGCUACCAAGGACACAAGCCUGCCAGCGUCCCAAGUGGCUGCGGCAGAGAGGUUGGCGUACAUGGUGGACCUGACCAACGAGACAGUGGGAGACGCCCUGUCCGAUCUUCUCCUAGUAGAGACUGUAAUGCAUGCUCGAGGCUGGGACGUAACCGACUGGUUACGCACUUACACUGACCUCCCCAACAGGCUCAUGAAAGUGAAGGUCCAGGAUCGUAACGUGAUAACGACGACAGAUGCAGAGAGACGGUGUGUCACACCUGAAGGGCUUCAGGAUCGUAUUGACUUACUCGUGACUAAGUGUCCCAACGGCAGAUCUUUCGUCAGGCCAUCUGGGACGGAGGACAUAGUGCGAGUCUUUGCGGAGGCGGACACUGCGGAUCACGCGGACACUCUGGCGGUCCAGGUGGCUCAGGCAGUGUACGAGCUGGCGGGGGGAGUGGGGCCACUUCCCUCUCUCUAACCUUCGUCUACUUGUCCGUGUGACACACCAAUAACUGUACGAACUGAAGUUAUAGCAGUGUAAAUCUCUAAAAUAUACAAUCCUAAACUGCUAUAAUGAUAAAUCUAAGAUCUUCCAUUAGUCAUAAUGUCUUUGUGUUCAAGAUGUCUCUUGUCAGGUGUUCUUAAUCCAAAUAGUGUAGUAAACACUUCCUCCCUAAUUGACCAUGUAAAGUUACAUCAAAUUAUUAUACUGUUUUAAUAUUGUAAAAAUCUCUCUUAAGACUCGUAUUCCUGGGACAGAAACAAAUUAUCACACUCGACUUGGAAAAGAAGCACAUAGAGUGGGCUAAAGGUAUAAACCAUUGGUAAUUAAAAGUAACCAUAUAUGUUGAAUGUAACUAUUUUUUUGCAUUUAAAAUUA